AUGUCUACCCUCACCGUGGGAGACACCGCCCUGCCCCGUGAGUCUAGAGAGACCAUGGUGAGCAUCAGGGAUUCGGAUAGUACAACUACAGUUCUCGGCGAGGAUUCCGCUUCCACAACAGAUCCAAAUGUCAGCCGUGCCGAUGGCUGGGCUUUGAUGCCCCAAGUGAAGGAACAGAACGAACGCGAAGCAGAGUCUGGGUUCAAGCGUCGGGAAUUGGGUGUUACAUGGCAGAAUCUCAGUGUCGAAGUCGUCAGCGCAGAUGCGGCCGUCCAGGAGAACUUUCUCUCCCAAUUCAACGUCCCGAAGCUGGCCAGAGAAUCCCGCAACAAACCGCCGCUCCGAACGAUUCUUGAUAACAGUCAUGGCUGCGUCAAGCCGGGGGAGAUGCUCUUGGUUCUCGGUCGUCCAGGAUCCGGUUGCACGACGCUGCUGAAGAUGCUCGCUAACCAGCGACUGGGCUACAAGGCCGUUCAAGGAGACGUUCGGUACGGGUCGAUGACGGCCAAGGAGGCGGAACAGUACCGGGGCCAGAUUGUGAUGAACACCGAAGAAGAGCUCUUCUUCCCUAGCUUGACCGUGGGUGAAACUAUGGACUUUGCGACUCGGUUGAAGGUGCCUUUCCGUCUGCCGAAUGGAGUUGAGUCGCCCGAGGCCUAUCGCGAAGAAUACAAAAAGUUCUUGCUCCAGUCCAUGGGUAUCUCGCACACUGUUGACACCAAGGUCGGUAACGAAUUUAUUCGCGGUGUUUCCGGUGGUGAGCGCAAGCGUGUCUCCAUCAUCGAAUGUCUUGCUACUCGUGCAUCUGUCUUCUGCUGGGACAACAGUACCCGCGGUCUGGACGCGAGCACCGCGCUCGAGUGGACCAAGGCUAUCCGGGCCAUGACCGAUGUUCUGGGCCUAUCUACGAUUGUCACUCUGUACCAGGCCGGUAAUGGUAUCUACGAUCUGUUCGACAAGGUGCUGGUUUUGGAUGAGGGCAAACAGAUCUACUACGGGCCCAUGACUCAAGCCAGGCCCUACAUGGAGGCUCUCGGCUUUGUUUGCCGGGAGGGUUCAAACGUUGCUGAUUUCCUGACCGGUGUCACCGUGCCAACCGAGCGCAAGAUCCGUUCAGGGUUCGAGGCGCGUUUCCCCCGAAAUGCCGACGCCAUGUUAGAAGAGUAUAACAAAUCCGCCGUGAAAGCAGAUAUGAUUAGCGAAUACGACUACCCUGACUCUGAAUACGCAAAGCUACGGACCGAAGAUUUCAAGCAAGCAAUUGCAGAGGAAAAGGCGAAGCAGCUGCCCAAAAGCAGCCCAUUUACCGUCGACUUUAUGAACCAGGUCAAGAUUUGCGUUACGCGACAGUACCAGAUCCUCUGGGGUGACAAGGCCACAUUCAUUAUCAAACAGGUCUCGACCCUUAUCCAGGCUCUGAUUGCAGGCUCGCUCUUCUACGAUGCUCCCAACAACUCUGGCGGUCUUUUUGUCAAAUCCGGUGCCUUGUUCUUCUCGCUUCUCUACAACUCUCUCCUGGCCAUGGCUGAAGUCACAGAGUCCUUCCAGGGGCGUCCGGUCCUGAUCAAGCACAAAUCGUUUGCGUUCUUCCACCCGGCUGCAUUCUGUAUAGCGCAGAUUGCCGCAGACAUACCUGUUCUUAUUUUUCAAGUCACCAUCUUUGCGCUCCCUGUGUACUUCAUGGUCGGCCUUGAGAUGGAUGCGGGUGUGUUCUUCACGUAUUGGAUUCUGGUAUUUGCGACAACAAUGGCGAUGACUGCUGUCUUCCGAGCUUGUGGUGCCGCUUUCAAGACGUUCGAUGACGCAUCCAAGGUUUCGGGUUUCCUUAUCUCAGCUCUCAUCAUGUACACUGGUUACAUGAUCCGAAAGCCGGAAAUGCACCCCUGGUUUGUUUGGAUCUACUGGAUUGACCCUCUGGCGUACGGCUUCGACGCUUUGCUAUCUAACGAGUUUCACGGUAAGAUCAUUCCCUGCGUGGGCACCAACCUUGUGCCCGCCGGACCAGGAUACGAAAAUGCCACUACUCAGUCGUGUACUGGCGUUGGAGGUUCCAUCCCCGGUCGGAAUUAUGUCACCGGUGAUGACUACCUCGCAUCUCUCUCGUAUAGCCACGGCCACGUCUGGCGUAACUUCGGUAUCCUCUGGGCUUGGUGGGCUCUAUUUGUUGUUGUCACUAUUAUCGCGACUUCGCGCUGGAAGGGUGCCUCAGAAAAUGGCCCCUCCCUUCUGAUACCGCGUGAAAGUGUGGAAAAGCAUCGCCAGCAUGGCCAUCGUGAUGAGGAAUCUCAGUCCAACGAGAAGACUUCUACGAAAGGCAAGAGCGAGGGUGUACAGGACUCUAGCGAUAUAGACAACCAACUCGUCCGGAACACGUCUGUCUUUACUUGGAAGGACCUCUGCUAUACCGUCAAGACUCCGAGUGGUGAUCGUCAGUUGCUCGACCAUGUCUAUGGCUGGGUGAAACCGGGCAUGCUGGGCGCUCUUAUGGGAUCAUCCGGUGCCGGAAAGACGACACUCCUCGACGUCCUUGCCCAACGGAAGACUGCCGGUACAAUUCAGGGAUCGGUUCUAGUUGAUGGUCGUCCUCUUCCUGUAUCGUUCCAACGUUCAGCCGGUUAUUGUGAGCAGCUUGAUGUUCACGAGCCGUACGCUACCGUCCGUGAAGCUCUGGAAUUUUCUGCUUUGUUGCGUCAGCCACGUACAACACCGCGGGAAGAAAAGCUGAAAUAUGUCGACGUUAUUAUUGACCUUCUUGAACUUCACGACAUCGCCGACACGCUUAUCGGGCGCGUAGGUGCUGGACUCAGUGUGGAACAGCGCAAGCGAGUCACCAUUGGUGUUGAGCUAGUCUCUAAGCCUAGUAUCCUGAUCUUCCUGGACGAGCCUACAUCUGGUCUUGAUGGCCAGUCCGCCUACAACACCGUUCGCUUCCUCCGCAAGUUGGCUGAUGUCGGCCAAGCUGUCCUCGUCACAAUCCACCAGCCUUCCGCUCAACUGUUUGCUGAAUUUGACAGCCUGUUGCUUCUUGCCAAAGGCGGAAAGAUGGUCUAUUUCGGUGACAUUGGCGACAACGGUUCGACCGUCAAGGAAUACUUUGCCCGUCACGGUGCCCCCUGCCCUCCCAACGCCAAUCCGGCCGAACACAUGAUUGACGUCGUGUCUGGAUCCCUGUCACAAGGGCGCGACUGGCACGAGGUUUGGAAAGCUUCUCCAGAGCAUACCAACGCGCAGAAGGAACUAGACCGAAUCAUCAGCGAAGCAGCGUCCAAACCACCUGGAACCGUAGAUGACGGCCACGAGUUCGCCAUGCCCCUCUGGCAACAAACGGUGAUUGUCACAAAGCGCACUUGUCUUGCCGUUUACCGGAACACCGACUAUGUCAACAACAAGCUCGCCCUCCACAUCGGAUCCGCCCUCUUCAAUGGCUUCUCUUUCUGGAAAAUGGGUGCAUCCGUCGGUGAACUCCAGCUCAAACUAUUCGCCCUUUUCAACUUCAUAUUUGUCGCGCCAGGUGCCAUUGCCCAGCUCCAGCCCCUCUUCAUUGAACGCCGCGACAUUUACGACGCUCGUGAGAAGAAAUCACGAAUGUACUCCUGGGUGGCUUUCGUCACAGGCCUCAUUGUCUCUGAACUCCCCUACCUCGUCCUCUGCGCUGUUCUCUACUUCGUCUGCUUUUACUACCAGACCGGCUUGCCCACGUCCUCUGACAAAGCCGGAGCCGUCUUCUUCGUCAUGCUUCUCUACGAGGGUCUCUACACAGGUAUCGGCCAGUUCAUCUCCGCUUACGCUCCGAACGCCGUCUUCGCCACUCUUACGAACCCGCUCGUCAUCGGAACUCUCGUCUCUUUCUGUGGUGUCCUUGUUCCCUAUGGCCAAAUCCAGGAGUUCUGGCGCUACUGGAUCUACUGGCUCAACCCCUUCAACUACCUCAUGGGUUCGCUGCUCACAUUCACCAUUUUCGAUGUCGAUAUUAAAUGCCGUGAGUCGGAGUUCGCUACCUUCGAUCCGCCCAAUGGCUCAUCUUGCAUCGAUUACCUGUCGACCUAUCUUCAAGGCUUGGGCGUCAGCGCGAACCUGAUCAACCCGGACGCAACCUCCCAAUGCCAGGUCUGCCAGUAUACUCGCGGAAGCGACUAUCUGUAUAGCCUGAACCUGAAGGACUACUACUAUGGUUGGCGGGAUACGGCGAUAGUCGCACUCUUCGUCCUUAGUAGUUAUGCCUUGGUUUACGGGCUUAUGAAGUUGAGGACGAAGGCUUCGAAGAAGGCAGAGGAGUAG